UGCUGUGAUCACACAGACACACUCAAAGCUAUGGAAGUUGCACUCUGGAUCUGUUUGUUCUGCUUGCAAGGCUUCCUACUUGCAGAUGGGCAGAACUGUGUAGAUGUGAACAGGGACGGGACCAAAGAUCAGGAUAUCAUGUCAAAGACUCGACUGAAAAGGGAAAGCAACCUAAGCCAAACUGGAGCUAUUUCAGUGAAGGGCAUCCCCAACAUACUCAUACAGGGUGACCGAUCAAGAAGACAUCUGUCUAGUAACAAGAGAAAGCUGAGGCGCAAAUCACGUGUUGGCUCUUUCUCACUGCUUAGCAACAACAAUCCUGCAUCACCUUUGCAGGCCAGUAGUUCCAGGUCCACUGCAGGAGGCAGAGCCCCUGGACACUCCACCUCCGGCCCUUGACAUUGAUGGGAUGCCGGCAUAUGCUGUGAGGGCGCUAUUGGAUUCAAGACGGAGAGCCAGGCGACUCCAAUAUCUCGUAGAUUGGGAGGGGUAUGGUCCCGAGGAGCGAUCUUGGGUUGUGGACGAAGACAUCUUGGACCCCAUGCUCAAGGUGGAGUUCCACCGAAGACGCCCUGACCGUCCCGUUCCACGAACCCGAGGCCGUCCCCCUGGUCCACUUUCUAGAGCAUCUGGAGAUGCUCGUCAGAGGGGGGAUUCUGUCACAACCACGCUAUCCCAGCCCUCUCUCCAAGCUCCAGUUCCUACGGCUACUCCAGUCCGGCUUCCUGCCCUACCAGCAUUUGCAGAUCCAAUCCGGUCAUCCUCCCCAGAGUUUUAGUUUGCCUCCUUAGUUUCCCGCCUUGUUUAGUUCCCACCUGUUUCCAAUUCUAAUUAUGCUCCUAUUUAAACCCUGGACUCUCAGUUUGUGUUGUUGGUUAUUAUUUGUCAAUUCAGCGUGAAGCUCUGUGUGAAAAGAGAACCUUUGUCGUGUUUGCCCACUGUGGCUUUUUGAUUUGUUUUACUGAAGUAAAACAACGCCUUGAGCGUCUGCAUCCUGAAACUUUCAUUUUCGAGUCUCCAUUUGUGAUAAUAUCCAAUCAGAAAUGCAGGUUAACUGUACAUAAUCAGAAGUUGUCAUGCCGCAGGA